AGAUAUCAGCUGAUGUACGAAGGGCUAUAUAAAUAAAUUUGAUUUGAUUUGAUAAUAGCUUUUUCAGUCUGUGUUGCUCAUCUAGUGUGUUUUCUCCAGUGGGAAAUUGAACAGGGAAAGCCAUGGCCUCAAGUUUUGGGAUUCUGUCAAAUCUGACUGGGCUGUUUCCUUCGGCAAGGGCAAUGCAAAAUAUCUCGGAAAACCAAACGAUAGCAUCUCCUGUCCGAUGUCUGCUGGUUGUAAGCAUGUGAGUAGGGCAAUACCAGUAAUCUGCUCAUUGUUGGCCUGUUCGGAAUCCUCAGGUGACUGAUCAGCUUCAGUGUCGUUUUCACAUCUGUGUUUCACUGUUCUGAGGUCUCAUUUUCAUCCAUGCUCUCCUGUGUCAGUCCUUUCACCAACGUCCAUCAGGUCAGUUGCAUCGUGUGAGAUCGUCAAUAGUUAGGUCAUGAGUUGAGACCUCAUCUCUCAGUGAUAUUUUUUUAGACUCCGUGUGGACCUCUUUCAGUUUUAUGGAGGUAAGUAGACAUGUUUAGACAUGUUGAGUGUUUGAAACUGGUAGUGGCCUUUUGUAAUUAAGUCUUCUUUUCAUCUUCUCCUUUAGGAGCUGAGAUUCGCUGUUGGGCCUCGGUAAAGAAUUUACUGUUGCCUCCAUCUCAGACAUUACAAACACGACUGGACCAUUCACAGCAUGUUGCCGUCCUUUGGGAAGUGCAAUAAUCUUAGCAAAUGCUCUCUCUGUUCAGGUUCGCAAGGUCCAGGAGAGAGAACUGCCGGAAGAUCCAGCACCACUGAAGGUAAAAGUUGGAGACUGGGUAAGGGUAAAGGUCCACAAGAGAAAGUGGCUGGAACCCAGGUGGACUGGUCCGUACGAAGUGAAGGAGGUUACUUCACACUCAGUCCAGGUCAAAGGUAAAUUGGGCGCACCUUGGCACCACCUCACACAUUGUACACCAGCUCCAACCCCUUCCCGCACACUGACGGAAGUCAGAACUGACCUAAGUGGUCUACAUUCGGUCCCAAAUUCUACAUCUAUUUAGCCAAGGAAAAUGGGAGGUUCAGCCCCAUACUCCCUGACUAAAUCACACCUUUCCCCCUGGGAACGUUUGGGGAUCUCGGGACCCCUGUUUGUCAUUUUUCUUCUCAUAGGAGGAGUCACUGUAUGCACACUCACAUGGCUUAUAGACCAACAGAUGCACCCACUACAGAUUCACACACUGAAUUCUACUCUGCCAAGUGAAACUAACUCUCUCUCUCUUCCCUCUUAUCUACCACAAGACCAUACCGUUUCUAGGCGUGAGGUGGGGGUCACUAAGUGCACCCCCCAGGAGUUGAAGAGCACCAGCUUGUGUUUGCCUUUCAAUGCCACCACCACCGCUUACCUGCCUUGGAGCCUUUUGGGUCAUGCGCGAAAUAGUCUGGGGCUACCUGCCUGGACCUAUUCCAGUUUUAACUGGUAUAUAACCAAAGGGGGAUAUGGUGAGUGGUCUUGGAAAAACCUGGUGGCGGAAACAGGGUAUGACUGGUCCAGCUAUUCCAAGGGACGGGUUGUCCUUGCCUGGCGCAAACGGCUUACACUUUCACGCACUGGUUUUCAACUAAAGCUGAUUGUACGACCUGGGACCACUAUGGGUUGCCAGGUUUUUACGUUGGCCCCAUAUGUAGAUAUCAGCAGGGCUGAAGUCUAUUUCACACUAUAUAUCUGCUUUACGCCACAACCACAGCCUACUUUUGUGACGGUGCGUGACGGUAUGGCAAAGCCACAUACCCUACCCCAGCACAGGGAUGGGUGGGGUUCUGCUGUUUUAGUGGUCACUACCCCUACCCUGGAUGAGAACAUUCGGGUCGCUACAGGUGUCUCAGUUUUGUCAAACAAUUGGUUAUUAAUGACCGAACAAGCAGCCAAUACAACCCCCACUAGUUGCGUAGUUUGCAUGGGUGCCAGACCAUUGCUCCGCAUUGUCCCGGCCACUGUCGAGAUCGGAUGUUUAAUGCCCCUUAUGGACAAAGACAAUCCGACUGGUAAUUGCUCCUUGUGGGAUGCAGUUUACCCUGUUGUCUCCGCUACGGUCAGGGCACCAGUAUUUUCCUCUGAUGUUGCCUGGGCCGAAUUCUCCUGUAUUAACAUGACAGGGGGUAUACUACAGUUAGGUUUGCUCCCUGAGGGUUGGUGUACAAAUACUAUCGUAGUAGUUGGUGGUUUUAAGCCAGUGAUCAGGGCUGACAUCUGGUGGUGGUGUGGGGGACCUCGGCUUUUUGACAGAACUCCCAAUAAUGCUACGGGUGUGGGUGAUUUGGUGACCCGGAUACAGGCUGUGGACCCACAGUUUCUGCCUACCAGAACCAAGCGGGAAGCAGCCCUGACUGUUGGGGAUCCCACGUAUAUUGAUGCCAUAGGUGUUCCUAGAGGGGUCCCUGAUGAGUACAAGCUGGUGGACCAGGUCGCCGCAGUCGACAACUAG